GUACUCAACUUUUCCCAAAUAAUUCAACUCAAGACACAAGACCAAUGUGUAGUUGGAUCUAGACGACUAUACUCUUCACGACUUGACGACAAACACGGCAGAGAUUAAUUGAAUCGAUUGAUCGAAGGGUUUUCCAACACCCACUCAUAGUGCCAAUCGGCACACCAACAACCACCACCAUGCCACCUCUACUCCCCCGACCGACCCUCCUCCCACGAGGCCGACCAGCAACAAUACAAUCACUAUCCAAAGCCCUCUUCUCCUCCACCACCACCACCUCCUCCGCCCCUCAGCGAAUCCCCCCUGAAUCCCCCCUCUUCAUCAACAUACCCAACCCGCCACAAGACCAAUCCGUCGAAAACUUCCGCGACCUCAAGCGCAACAAGGGCCACCUCCCCCUCCCAAGACAAGUCUUCCGCAAGCGCGACGGCCACCUAAAGUCCAGCGAAACAUGGCUCACAAAAUCCGCCCCGCAGCCAUCCUCCGAAGCCUCCAAACAGCCCCCAAAAUCCGAGGUCCAGGCUUGGAAACGCAAAAUGGCACAUACACGCCGCGACAACAUGCGAGAAGGAGUACGCGCCUUAUAUGCCCGGAAGAAGUUAUUCGAUAGUAGACGUACCGAGAAGCAGGUAGCGAAAUUGGAGUCUCAUAGAGCCGCUGCCACGGCGCCGGAGCGUGAGGAUGAGAGGUUAACCCGUGCAUCGGUUAACGCGGGGACACUCCAAACAAAAGUCCUUCCCGAUCCUCUUCGCUUCGAGCGGGCGGAGGCGUCGAAAGAACGCAGUGAAUCUAUAGCAGCUCGAAAAAGCGAGGCUCGUCGGGACGCUAUCCAGGAAUUGUACAUGAGAGCCCGAUCUUUCAUUGUCAGCGAGAAUGAUCUUGAGGCUGAGGUGAACAGACUCUUUGCGCCGGAUUACUGGAAGAAGAUGGGUAUGACGGCUAGUGGAUUCGACGUCAACAACAUCUGGGACUUGAGCGGUAGACCCCCCACUGUGGCUGAUAUGCUGAAUGAGGUAUCGCGUACUUCGAGUACGGUAUUGAAGAACCUCGAGUCGGAGAAGACGAAAACCCUUAAGAGGCAGAAGGAAGUUGCUGAAGAACUUACUGGUGGCAAGUUGGAUGGAAUCUGAUAUCAAUAUUAAGUUAGCGAUAUGAAGACAAAAUGCAUACGAAAAGCUGAGACGCAAGACUACUACCAGUUCUUCUCAUACAGAGAGGGACUAGCAUAUUAAAGCAUUGAUGAUAGUUAUGGCUAUCAUGUACAUAUUAGAAUCGCAACUUCACGACUUGUACAAUGUGUAUAAAGGAAAAUAUCGAUCAUCUAUCACGUUUAUUGUA